ACCACAGACUGACCAUGUGGAGAAAACAUUCCUGCUGCUGCUGCACAGUGUGGAAGCUGUGGUGGCGUCUCAGUGCUGGCAGGGGGCGACCUUCUCCGAGGCUGUGGUGUCCCCAGCGGUGGAGAGCAGUGGUAUCAUGCGGGUCCCUGGCGUGUCGUCGUUGCCGCAGUGCGUGGCGGCCUGCUGCGACCUGCCGGUUACGACCUGGCCUGGCUGUUCGAGGGCGCUGCUACAUCCUGAGCUGCCAGCAGAGGGAGAACUGCCAGCCCAGAGAGAGACCCGGGGCAGACUCGUUCCUGGCCUUCCUGCGGAGGGCGUCCCGCAGACCCUUGUGCUUCAGUCUCUGGUGAGAGGGGAGCCGUACCGAGGCCGCUGGAGGCCCCUAGGGAAGCCAGGAGGAGAGGGAGGUGGUGGUUCAGAGGCGGAGACGACGACCAAUCAGCCGCCUCUGAAAGGAAGAGACGGGCUCAACCAAUCAGAGGCAGAGGAUGGUCCAGAGAGGGGCCGACGCAGAGCAGCGUGGCCCAGAUUAGAGCCUCCUCAGGGGGAACAUGAGCCGGGGAGAGGAGGAGAGAACCAGGAGGCCGGCGGAUCCUGCUGCAGAGAAAACAACCAGACCACAAAGCAGCAUCAUGUCUACAUCACUGACUCCAUCAACACCACAGACUCCACCCAACAGGACCAUGUGAGGACUCCAGCUCUGUCUCCUACCACGCCUCACUGGCCCAGCAGCACCACCACACAGCCAGGUACACCUGACUGUACCUGGGUGAAGCUGCUCCAGUCGGCAGCCAGAGCUCCACCCCCCACCACUCCCCCCCCAUCCAGAGCCGUGACCUCUGACCCCACCACCACCUCAACACUGAGCGCCGUCCCUCCAACCACGACCUCACCCUCUGCUACGACUGCUGCUGCUGCGUCUGUGUCAGAGGGCAGGGGGUCAAACCGUGGUCCGGUGGCUGUCGUGGGUCCUGACAGGAAGUUGCUUCUCCCUGUGAGCAGCUUGUUGCUCAAUGGCAGCGGCAGCACCGACGACCGUGGCAUCGUCAGCUACCACUGGGACGCCAUCAGUGGUCCUCCUGGGUUAAAGCUGGAGGACGUGGACCAGGUGGUAGCCACGGCGACAGGUCUUCGCGUCGGGCGCUACACCUUCAGACUGACGGUCUCUGACCAGGAGGGGGCGACAGACAGCGCCUCACUGACCGUCAGGGUGCAGGAAGCCACGAGUCUUCCUCCGGUCGCUCACGCCAGCGGCAGCCACACUCUGACUCUGCCCAACAACUCGCUGGUCCUCCAAGGCUCCGUCACCGACGGAGACCAGACUCAGGUCCACUUCCUGUGGGUCAGAGACAGCCAGAGUCCGGCUGCCGGGGACGUCCUGUACGGCUCAGAGACACAGGCCUCUCUGUACCUGGCCAACCUGGUGGAGGGCACCUACCUGUUCCAGCUGAGGGUGACCGACGCCCAGGGGCGCUCCAGCACCGCUACGGCCACCGUGGAGGUCCGACCAGAGCCCGGUGGGGGGGAGGAGGUGGAGCUAGAGAUGCUGGUGUCGGUGUCUCAGGUCAGUCUGGCUCAGAGGGACACGGUGGUCCGACAGCUCGCCGCUCUGCUGCACGUCCUCGACAGCGACAUCCAGGUCCGAGCGCUGCAGGGACACUCUCACCUCAGCACGGUGUUGCGGUUCUCGGUGUGGGGCUCCUCGGGGCCGCUCUCCGGCUCCAGGUUGGUGGGUCUGCUGAGGAACCAGCUGCUCAGAGAGAAGAGUGACUACCUGCUGUUCAGAGUCCUGAGGGUCGACACCGUCUUGUGUUUGCUGCGCUGUUCAGGCCGGGGUCAGUGUGAUCCGGUCACUAAGGAGUGCACCUGCGACCCCUUCUGGACCGAGAAUCUGAUCCGCCGUUACCUUGGUGACGGAGAGAGCAACUGUGAGUGGAGGGUUCUCUACGUCAUCCUGACCAGCUUCAUGCUCAUGGUCUUCAUCCUGUCAGUCAGCUGGACCUUCAUCUGCUGCUGCAAGAGGAGGAGACAAACCAAAGUGAGGAAGAAAACCAAAUACACCAUCCUGGACAACAUGGACGAACAGGAGCGGGUGGAGCUCAGGCCCAAAUUCAGUAUCAAACACCGCAGCACGGAGCACAAUUCCAGCCUGAUGAUGUCCGAGUCGGAGCUGGACAGCGACCAGGACACCAUCUUCAGCCGGGACCGACCCGUCCGCAGCAGGAACCGGCUCAGCGUCCAGGCCGCCCGCAAUGGAAAUGCCUUCGGAUGACGGGAUGGCCGACCUCCGCUGAGAGAGAGAGGACGCUGCUGGGAUGUCUGCCCCCGGUAGCAGGGAGAGAUAAGGCUUCUGAAAGUUUGAAGGACUUUAUCCUGUGCUGUGAGCUCAGUAACAUGAACCAGGAUUUAAAGGUUGCAGGACAAACCUGCCCCUCCUUUAACAGGAUGUAAAGGUGGGAACAACGGGACGUUUGGAGGACACUUUGAAACAGGACCGUUUUUACAACCUGUGUUGACGUAUUCAACGCUGAAAUACAGACUUUUAAGGACAGACUUAAAGACAAAGACUCAGACAUUUUGGGAAACCGUCAUCCCCAGGACCAGAGGAGAUGGAUCAUUUCAUCCAGUCCAGAGGAAGGUCCAGGAUCAGCCAGGCUCAGCACAAUGACUGGAGGCAGGAGGAAACUGCUGGUGUAGCAUUAUCCACCUUCCAACUCCAAAUCUUUGUGAUUUACAUGUUGCAUCUUGUUAGCUAACAGGCUAAUCACCAGGCUGUCAAAGAGCAGGGUUCGUCGUGACUGAGGAACUAACUUAAACUCUAAUUCAUUGGACCUCUGAUCUCAAGAACUAAAUCUGAGCUCAGAGGACCUGGACGCUAACUCAAAGCUCACAGCCUGAAAUAUAAACUCUCAGCUAAACUUACUGCUUAGGUUUAGGGUUGGACACAAUUUACCAGCACUGACAGAUCUGACUGAUACACCAAGACAAAAAGAAACAAAUCAGAAGGUACUCCUUCAGUUUUUUAAUUUUCUCAUUAAUAUCUUUAGGCAGAAAUACAAAAAUCAACUUAAACUACGACAAAGUAUAGAACAAUUAAAACCAAUUACACUUUAUAUUAGAAACACAAUCUGCUGUACAAACCAAGCAACAGAAGAGUCAGUGCUGAACAACAGUGGACGGUCAUUUACUGCUCUGAUAUAAUCAUCUGUGUGUGGCUUCAAUUUCUGGAAAAAAGAAAAACCCUCAUCAGGUUUCUGUUGGAGGAAAUAUGAGCCCUGGUUAUCUCCACAUUUCUAAAUCUGUAUCUCCAAAUUAUGAGAUCCCUACUCACAGUUACAUCAUCUUAAUAUAAUGACAGUUAAUGUCAAACCAGCUGUAAAACUGAAAAAUCCUGUUCAUGUCAAAUCAGUCUGAUCAGACUCGAUCAGCUCGACCAGUUAGACUGAUCAGUACUGAACCGAAACCACAGUUCUGUUGUUCAGCACUGAUAAAAAUCAGAACUCAGCUCCCUGUGCUUUAACUUCUCUCUGAGGUUCAGAAAAAACCUGCUCAUUCAUCAACACAGUAACAAGGUAUCUGUUAAACUACUAUAUUACAAUAAUGGAUGACAUCUUUUAAUGGUACUCAGUCCUUUAUCUUUCGCAUUAUCAUUUAUCUCUUCCAGAAAGACUCGGUGCAUGCAGACAUGACGUUCACAUCAGGUCACGCAUUCAACAUGUUUAUUUAUUCAUCAACACGUUUCAGCAAUACUGAUCUCUAACAGAUUACUGUAUGUAAGGACUUGAGCUAAGGUUCACAAAGUAACAAAACUAACACACUGUCAGUUUUGUAUAAAUGGCACAGAUAAUGAAUAAUGGCCUAACUGUGAUGUUUGAAAUUAUUUUUGGACCCAAUCUGAACAUGUCUCUAUCUGUUCCAUUAUGUAAGCAUAUUGAAGUAUUUUAAUCAUUACAAAAAUACGGUUUUUACAACAACAUGCCUACUACAGGACAUCAGGACGUUCAGUACAAACACAAUGAAUGUACAAAAAUCUUUUGUGCUUUUUAAUUAGUUUUCUCACAGUAAAUGAGUCUUU